AUGCGGUCGAAGAAGCUGAAAGCGGUGAUGUCCAUCCUAAGGGUCGCGCUGCGAAAAGCCCAGCAGUCACCUGGAAAGAAAGCAGCCCCAGAGGUCGUACCCCAACCGCGCACCCACGGCCCCUCCCCGCCUCGAAUCUCCACGAGGAUACGAGAAGACACCGAGCUGCAAGCCGCCAAGCAGUGCAGCCCCUGCUCGGCCGCGGCGCAGAGUUCGUCGGGGCCGGCGGCGCUGCCCUAUGGCUAUUUCGGCAGCGGCUAUUAUCCCUGCGCCCGCAUGGGCCCGCACCCCAACGCCAUCAAGUCGUGCGCACAGCCCGCCUCGGCCGCCGCGGCCGCCGCCUUCGCGGACAAGUACAUGGACACGGCCGGCCCCGCGGCCGAGGAGUUCAGCUCCCGCGCUAAGGAGUUCGCCUUCUACCACCAGGGCUACGCAACCGGGCCUUACCACCACCACCAGCCAGUGCCUGGCUACCUGGAUAUGCCGGUGGUGCCGGGGCUCGGGGGCCCCGGCGAGUCGCGCCACGAACCCCUGGGUCUUCCCAUGGAAAGCUACCAACCCUGGGCGCUGCCCAACGGCUGGAACGGCCAAAUGUACUGCCCCAAAGAGCAGGCGCAGCCUCCCCACCUCUGGAAGUCCACUCUGCCCGACGUGGUUUCUCACCCCUCGGAUGCCAGCUCCUAUAGGAGAGGAAGAAAGAAACGGGUGCCCUACACCAAGGUGCAAUUAAAAGAACUUGAACGGGAAUACGCCACGAACAAAUUCAUUACCAAGGACAAACGGAGGAGGAUAUCAGCCACGACGAACCUCUCAGAGCGGCAGGUCACAAUCUGGUUCCAGAACAGGAGGGUCAAAGAGAAAAAAGUUAUCAACAAACUGAAGACUACCAGUUAAUGGAUUUUAAAACUGGAGCGGAGGGCAACUUGAAGAAAUGCUUCAG